GCAUGCGCGGCAGAGACAAAGUGCUGGCGCCCCGGGAGUCAUGGCUGCAAAGAGCUUCUUCGCUUCGCAUCUCCGGGACUCGCGACGGUUUCUGAAAGGCUUCUUGGCCGGGGCUGUAGUGGGCGCCGCGGGAGCGGGGCUGACGGUGCUGCAGUUCCUCCAGCGUCGGGACGCGGGAUCCGCAAGGCCGGCGAGGCAGCCGCAUGAAUCUGCAGAAAAAGUCGUCUUGGAACAGUUUGGAUUUCCUUUAACUGGAACAGAGACUAGGCGUUACACUAACCAUGCCUUAUCUUACGAUCAGGCAAAACGUGUGCCCAGAUGGGUCCUGGAACACAUAUCCAAGGACAAGAUCGUCGGUGACGCGGACAGAAAGCAUUGUAAAUUCAAGCCAGAUCCUACUGUCCCUUCAGCCUUCAGCGCCCUCAAUGAAGACUAUAUUGGAAGUGGCUGGUCACGAGGCCACAUGGCCCCGGCAGGAAAUAACAAGUUUUCCAGUGAAGCCAUGGCAGAAACCUUUUACCUUUCUAAUAUCGUGCCUCAGAAUUUUGAUAAUAAUUCCGGCUAUUGGAAUAGAAUAGAAAUGUAUUGUCGUGAGCUGACGGAGAGAUUUGAAGAUGUUUGGAUAGUAUCAGGACCUUUGACCUUGCCUCAUGCUAGAAAUGACGGAACGAAAAGAGUUAGUUACCAGGUGAUCGGUGAGGACAACGUGGCGGUCCCCUCACACCUUUACAAGGUGAUCCUGGCUCGAAGAAGCCCAGAAUCUACGGAGCCGCUGGCGCUGGGGGCCUUUGUGGUGCCAAAUAAAGCCAUUGGGUUCCAGUCCCAGUUAACUGAGUUCCAGGUGAGCCUCCAUGACCUGGAGAAGAUGUCAGGUCUGGUGUUUUUCCCCCGUCUGGAUAGAACCAGGGACAUCCGGAAUAUUUGCUCUGUGGACACCUGCAAGCUCCUGGGUUUCCAGGAAUUCACCCUGUACUUGAGCACAAGGAAGAUUGACGGAGCCCGGUCUGUGGCCAGACUGGAGAAGGUUCUGGAAGCUUUGAAGAGCUCCGGGGUGGAACCUGACGAUUACUUCCUGAGCCGCUAUGGGAAAAAGCUGGAGGAGCUGAAGGCUAAGGAGCAGAAGGACACUCAUCUGGAAAAUCAGUCCUAGUGUCUGUCUAGGUGUGCGCUGAGCAUCUGUAACCAACAGGCGUGCCCUCUCAAGGCAGAUGUAUUUUAGCAGAUUUAUUUUCAAGAAAUGAUGGAAUUCUGACCAAAAUCUCUCCCUCCAAAGACUCACUGGCUCAAAACUCAGUGUUGUUUUCCUUCGCUAGGAUCUGAGUUGGCUGAGAUGGUUUUAAAACUCCUCUCUUGUCCUAUACAAACACACUAAGAUUUAUGUGCUCAUGACCCUGUCUGUAUCAAAGCAUCUGAUGACUACUCUUCCUCUGUGCAAACCCCGCUGUUCCCAUCUCACCUGUGGGGAAGAUGAGGCUCAGAGAACUUUGUAUCUUCCCCACUGGUGUUCUACAGAAGUCAUCCAGGGUGCCUCAGAGUCAAGACAAAGUUAGAUGGGGAUUUGACUCAAGUCCGUACCUCCGUCCACGGCUAUUUCUGGUGCUAAGGCCCUCCUGGUGAGAAGAGUCUGUCUCCUAAGAAGAGUGAGCACUUCAUUUCUGUGGAAGAAACAGCAGGUCUUUGUAAGAUGGCUACUUUGUGGGUUUAACCAGAACCUGUGGUUCCCUCCAGGGGUCAUAUAGUGCCAGAUAAGUGUGUUUCUUGGCAUCAUUGGGGUCUUUCUAAAGGAACCCAAGAAAGUGUGUGCUGAGAGUCACCGGGUACCUCUGGUCCUGCUAUCUGCUGGGCCAGCAUACCACAGGUAGGUAUAGCCAGGGUCCAAGGUCUAAGCCAGCUCAUUCCCAAGGGAAAGAGCAACUGCUUUCUGUGCUGACCUCCAGACUGGUUUAUGCAGAUCUUGAACUGUCCUGAGUACUCACAGCCUAGUAGCUUCCAGGCAGAAGGACUUGUCUGAAUCUGCCACUCUGCCUCUGUCUUCCAACCAGUACAAGGGUGAUCUUUGUGGCAUUGUGUUUGCCUCUGAUAGAAAUACCAUGGCUUCACCAUAAAGACGAGAAGGCAGUGGCCAACCGUUUUGCUCCUUCAUUUGGAUAAAAAGAAGCAGUCGGGUGUAGGACGCAGUGGCUGAUUAACACCAUUCUGCCUUCCCUUCCUGUUCCCAGUUAACUUGUGCCAGUCUUUCUAAGGACAGGAAGCCAAAAUGUCACUGUGACCAAAAAAAUCUGUUACUUUCUCUCCUCAGAAAAGAGGUGAUGGUGGGGCCUGAGUGUUUCUCCAGGAGCCCUGGGAAGGAGGCUGGGACUCCUCCUGGCUGUGUCCCAGGUUCCCACCAUGUAUCCAUGCAGCCAGGCUCCCUCUCCUAUGGCCAUGCUCCCCACUGCUAUGCUGACCUGACUUGCUGGUGGCCUCGGACUUGCUUCCCAUGGUUUCCCCACUCAGGAAGAAUCUUGUCUGUAUCAGUAAGUUUCUGUAACUUGGGAUUUUAUUUCCUGUGAAAGAUGCUACCUGGUCACUGUGAGACAGAAAUAAGAACAAAACAAAAAGACAGUAUGCCUGACUGCGUUUUUUAUUUUUUAUUUUUUGAAUCUGUAUUUCUGUAAGUGUUUUGCCCCUUUGCAUCUGUAUAUACAGAUGAGUGCCUGCUGCCCACAAAGGUUGGAAGAACUCAUUGGAUACCCUGGAAACAGAAUCACAGAUGGUGCGUGAAUGCUGGGUCCUCUGCAAACGAGUCGGGGUCUUCUGCAAGAGCAGCCAUUUUUAUGUGUGAAAUGUCUAUUGAUAGACAACACUGAUGCUUGAAUUGUCCUGUGAACAUUUUCAUUAAGAAACAAACACUUAGAAUUUCCUCUGGAUCGGGUCAGUGUGGCUGUCCAUUUUUCUGGAUUCUGAUGCAGCAGAUUCCUCACUUGGGUAUCAAAUAAAUCAGAGACAACGUUGUAAC